UACUAGUGAAACCUACAAAGGAAAUAUGUAGUGCUUGCUUACAACGCUUUUUUCUGUCCUGUAUUCACAUUUUGUCUCUUUUGUGUGUACAACCCUGUGUUUUAGCUGAAACCCUUAAGAAGUCCUUCAGCCUUCCAUGAGAUACUGAGUGUGUGUAGUUGGGAACACACAGACAGGUGGCUAUGAAGCUAAGAUGCCCUCUGUAGCAUCUUCAGCAUAUGGGAUCCGCGAUGUGUGGGCCAGUAAUUUAGAGGAAGAAUUUCGACAAAUACGCCACGUUAUCCAGAAGUACAAAUAUGUCGCAAUGGAUACAGAAUUUCCUGGGGUUGUCGCCAGACCUAUCGGGGAGUUUCGAAGCACUGCGGACUACCAGUAUCAACUGCUGAGAUGCAAUGUUGACCUUCUUAAAAUUAUUCAGUUGGGCAUGUCAUUUAUGGAUGAAAAUGGACAGUCUGCUACUCCAGUAUCAACGUGGCAGUUCAACUUCAAAUUUAAUUUAACGGAGGAUAUGUAUGCCCAGGAAUCAAUUGACCUCUUACAAAACUCGGGAAUCCAGUUCAAGAAACAUGAAGAAGAUGGAAUCGAUGUGUUUGAUUUUGCUGAGCUGUUGAUGACGUCUGGGAUUGUUCUGAGUGAACAGGUCAAAUGGCUGUCAUUUCACAGUGGUUAUGACUUUGGCUACCUGUUAAAGUUACUGACCAGUUGUAACCUCCCUGAAGAAGAGGCUGACUUCUUUGAUCUUUUGAGGAUCUACUUUCCCAACAUCUAUGAUGUUAAGUACCUAAUGAAGAGCUGCAAGAAUUUGAAAGGAGGCUUACAGGAGGUGGCCGAGCAGCUAGAGAUCGAGAGGAUAGGCCCUCAGCAUCAAGCAGGCAGUGACAGUUUGCUUACAGGGGGAGCAUUUUUCAAGAUGAGGGAGAUGUUUUUCGAAGACAACAUCGAUGAUGCCAAGUACUGCGGACAUUUGUAUGGCCUCGGGACUUCAUACAUCCAGAAUGGCGGCGGUUAUGAGAACAAUUUUCAGGGAACGAAUUCUCAUGCAACGCCACCGGUCAACAACGGGACGGAGGAGUCCAGCUCCAACCUCCUAUCAUCCAGUUGAUACUCAUUGUGUCCCAAGUCGUCGUCCCUCUCUCUCUCUCCUACAUCCCAGGCCUGGCCUGCCCAUGUUCAGAACAUUAGUCACAUGACGGUACAUGUGAUUGGGAUUAUCUCAUAUAAUCAUUACACAGACAAACUAUUCUGUUGCUGUCAUCAAUGUACACUAUUCAGCGAUUUACAGGCACAAUGCGUUGUUGAUCUCAAGAUAUUUUCUGCCAAAGUAAAGUCUAAAUCUGGUAUCUUUUUUUUUUUUUUUUUCGUCGGUCAUUUUCACCUGUGUUUUUUUUUUCAAGAUCGCUACAUUCUGGCUUUUAAAAAGUUUUUUUUUCUGUCAAACUAGUAAUGUAUACCUGUUUUUUUUUUUUUUUAGAGAAUUGAGGUCGCAGGUUAAUCUCCUGUUAGUUUUUUGGGGGGGUGCAGAAUGAACAAAGGAUCAUACACAAUGCCACUCAAGAACUUCAGCGUCACACCUUCCAUAUCAUCUGUUCUCUAAAUCUGUCUAGUCUACUAAACAAUUCUACACCAUUGUUUUAUUCUGUUAGAAAAGCAUGGACGUUAAGCAUACUCACGUCACUGCAGGCAACUCUGUGGUAGGGAGGGUGGGAUGUUUUCAUGUGUGUGUGUAAGCGUUUUGCUCUAUCCUAUAGUCAGCCCUUUGGGGAUGUAUUUUAAAUUUUUAUGACGAGAUGAAAUCUGGAUAGCUAAUGUCCUGUGAUUGUAGAAGUGAAGAAAAGUCUUAGUCUUUUUUUGUUCUUGUGGAAGAUCAUCUACCCUACGGCAGUUGUGAUGAUAAUGGCGGAACGUUCGCCAAGUACCGUUGUCACCUUGGAUGCGUUGGUUAUAGGCAUGGAUGGUUUGGUAAAUUUAGGCUAAUCAAAUGAUUUUCUGGUGAAUGUAACCAGUAUUUAAUCAGCCUAAAUUAAUAGGGCCUGUCUGCUACCACAUAUUCUUGUCUCUUCUCCUACCAGUUUCGCUCUCAAGAAAAGCUAUACAGAGACAAUGGGUCAUCUUGGUUUUAAAUCUGGAUUUGCUGUAAGUGUUGUAUUUAUAUAAGAGUUUUAAGCUUGUUAUCUCCCCCUUUAAGACUCUGGACAGGCCAGUAGGUGGCGCCAUUACUGUCUCUGCACAAAUGUCAGCUGUUUUGUAAAGCUUUGGGCCCACUUUCAUAAAAACUUUCUAAAUAACUGUUUUCACAACUUUUGUUUUAAUUAAGCGGCGCUGUUGCGGCUAAAUUACCUCAUGACAGUGUUAUUUAUUAGGAAAGUUAUGGAAAAUUUAUUUACUAAGGUUUGUGAAACUUAGCCCUCAGUGGAGGCAGAUGGCUUGUACUUGUUACGUCUUUGUAUGGGCCUGUGGCUUCUACUGAUUUGUAUAUGGAGAUCACUAAGCUUCCAGACUGUUACACUGGACCAAAUAUUUGAGGAAUUUUUAUGUUUUUAUUUUAAAAUAUAUUGAUUCCCUGAUUUGUCUGGAGGCCAUUUUGUUUUUAACUGGAAGGUGGACAUCUGUGUAUUUUGUCUUCCAUAUAAUUGUCUAUAUGAUUUGUGAGACGCUCGAUUAUAAACUGGAGAAGUUAUGUUUUUCAACAGAUUAGAUUUGUGAUUCCCUGACUUUUUAUUUUAAAGCUUAA